CAAUCCCAACUGCAAAAGAAAAAAAAGAGGAAAAAUAGAGAGAGAGAGAGAGAGAAUUUACUCCGACUUUGCAGUUCUUGGUUCGUCGCCUCCGGAGAACGCCCCUUCUUUUUCAGUAAUUUCCCCGUCAAAGGACUGAGGAAUCUCUCAACACUUGGCCGGGAAGCUCUUAAAGGCACAUUUGCGGGGUUUUUUUUCUUGUUUUGAUCAUCUCUGAUUCGCUGUGAACAUACCGUCUGUCUAGUCUCGAGUAGGGGCAAGGUCUGUUUACACACUCUCUGCAGAAAAUGGAUUUUUUUAACUGGGAACUGGGUUUGUUGUCGUUGAUCAUCUUUGAAUAGUGGAAAUAGAGCAGAUUCUUACACUACUACAACUAUGGAUGGAUUUCUGGAGACGCCUUUCGAUGAUGACAAGGACCUGUCUGUGAGCAACGAUGAGGCUACGAUGCGUCGCCUCAAAAACCGUGAACGCCAACGCAGGUAUAGAGCUCGGAAACGCCUCGAAGCCGAUACGGGUAAAGCACCUGGCAAUGACUUGAGCCAAUCUACCCGGACGGACGCCAAAGAAGUUUGGGAAUCUCCAAAAAACAACAGAUACUCUCACAUCCUCCCAGAAGUGUCGGUGACGGGCAUCCGAGAGAACGGAUUGCCCGUUGCCCGGGAGUCCCCGAUGCUCGUAAGCGCUACUUGUCAAAAUGAAAUGGCGGUUGCCCAGGAGUGCCUGAGACACGAAAACCCAAUUGUGACCCGCGUUUACUGUGGGCGGGACUGGAAACAAGAUGCUCGAAAAGCCCACGGGCUGAGGCGAGAGCAAGAAGUUAUAACCGAUGAUGCAACCCGGAUGCGACGACAUUCGGGUAAUGAUGAACCAGACAUUGCCCGAAGCGACCGGAUUGCCUUGGAUGUCUCUGAACAGGCUAAGAAUGAAACGCCCAGAGUCAUGCCCAGCAGAAGACAUUGGAAAGCAGAUGCUAGAAAUAAGAAAGGCUGAAAUGGUUUUUUUUAUGUGACUUGUGAGUGACAUUUGGGAGUGAUGACCAAGAGUCUCUAUUCAUGGAUCAUCUUUGUUUUUUUUCUCAUUGUAAUUCCCACAUAAUUGUGAAUACCAACAUUUUUAUCCUGAAAAAAAGUCAUGCUAAAUUUACACAAAUUGUUUGUCUAAUUUUAAGUUGCAUAUUUACUAUUUAUAUGGUCAAAUUAUAAUUUUUUUAAUUCAUUUUUGUUAUUCAUUUAGUAAAAUAAUACAAAUGGU